AUGUCGACGACGGUGGACAAGAUCAAGGAGAUCGAGGCCGAAAUGGCCAAGACCCAAAAGAAUAAAGCCACAUCAUUCCAUUUGGGCCAGCUGAAAGCGAAACUCGCGAAGCUCAAGCGUGAGCUCCUCACCCCGUCAAGCGGUGGUGGUGGCGGUGGUGCUGGAUUCGACGUUGCACGCACAGGUGUCGCCAGUAUUGGCUUCAUCGGCUUCCCCUCGGUCGGCAAGAGUACGCUCAUGAGCAGGCUGACAGGCCAGCACUCCGAGGCCGCCGCGUAUGAGUUCACAACCCUGACCUCCGUGCCCGGUCAGGUUACCUACAAUGGUGCGCCACUGCAAAUCAUCGACUUGCCGGGUAUCAUCGAGGGAGCAAAGGACGGUCGUGGACGUGGUCGUCAGGUCAUUGCCGUGGCCAAGACGUGCCAUCUUAUCUUCAUCGUCCUGGACGUCAACAAGCCCCUAACAGACAAGCGCGUUAUCGAGACGGAACUCGAGGGUUUCGGUAUCCGCAUCAACAAAUCACCGCCCAACAUCACUUUCAAGAAGAAGGAGAAGGGUGGUCUCAACAUCACGAGCACCGUGCCACUGACGCACAUCGACCACGAUGAGAUCAAGGCCGUCAUGAAUGAGUACCGUAUCAACUCGGCCGAUAUCGCUAUCCGGUGCGACGCUACCAUCGACGACCUGAUUGACAUCCUUGAGGCCAAGAGCCGCAGCUACAUUCCCGUCAUCUACGUGCUCAACAAGAUUGAUGCCAUCAGUAUCGAAGAGCUCGAUCUGUUGUAUCGCAUUCCUAACGCGGUGCCAAUCAGCUCCGAACACGGUUGGAAUAUCGACGAGCUGAUGGAGGCAAUGUGGGAUAAGCUGAACCUGGUUCGCGUAUAUACGAAGCCCAAGGGUCGUUUGCCUGAUUAUUCCCAGCCAGUCGUUCUUCGCUCGUCACGGUGCACCGUGGAAGACUUUUGUAACGCCAUUCACAGAAGUAUUCUCGAGCAGUUCAAGACGGCCAUCGUCUACGGCAAGUCUGUCAAGCAUCAGCCCCAACGUGUCGGACUGGCUCACGAGCUAGCCGACGAAGAUAUCGUAACAAUUGUCAAGCGCUGA